AGCCUUGGCUCGAGCUAUAGUGACUCAAAUUGCCGUGUAUCACCAGCAUAUGAGCGAAUCACUACUCAAUGCAACAGUACAUACAUGAAGACAGCGCCUAUCCUUCCUCUCAUUAUUACUAAUGGGCUUCUGCCAGCAUUGGAGUUCUUUUCUCAUUGCCAUCAUUGGUCUGUGGGCUGUCGCUUUUCUGGGUGCAGGAGGACGUCGGCAAAACACGUGGAUGUACAACGAGCCGUCCAUCACAAUGCGUGACAGGUCCCCAGCGGCCCCUCCGCAGCAACACGGGACUCCGAAGCCCCCCCGCGGCCCCUCCGCAGCAGGGCUUGGCCCUGGGGGCCAGGGGCGGCCCUCCACGGCCCCUCCGGAGCAGAGCGGGGCUCCGAUGGAGGGCGGCCCCCCCGCGGCCCUUCCGAAGCGGAACGUGGCUCCGACGGGCGAGGGGCGCGCCGCGGCCCCCCCGCAGCAGGCCCCUCUGGAGUGGAGCGGGGCUCCAAGGGAGGGCGGGCACCCCGCGACCCCUCCGCAGCAGAGCGGGGUUCCGAAGGACGAGGGGCGCCCCGCGGCCCCUGUGCAGCAGAGCAAGUCUCCAGAGGAAGGGGAUUGGGGUGGGCUGGCGCGCGCCCGAAGCUGGCGGACCUGCAACAUGAGUUACAGGACGGCCCGCAAGCUGUCGACGAUCUACAUAGUGAGCGACGCGCUGAAACUCACGUACGUGCUCAUGUCCAAGUCAGGCUCGUCCACGAUUCGGGACAUGAUGGGUACCAAAAACGCCGCGAAGCCCAACUGGAACUACACGGUGUUCACCGUGGUGCGGGAUCCGCUGGAGCGGAGCGUGUCUUGGUUCUUCGAGAUAGAGUGGAAGAAUUAUAAGAAGAAGUCAGGGGCAUUGCAGGCCUUCGACAAUGCGACCGCCAAACUUGCCCGGACGAAUGGAGACCGUGGUCAUGGUCAUGGGCAGAGGACCGUUUUCCUUCCACCUCGACAUUAUUAUGAUUUCGUGGGCACACUUGCAAACAUCGCCACAGACUGGGCUCAGCUAGGGGAGCUGCAGAAGCAGCGUUUCGGCAUCGUGAACUGGCCUCAAGUGGUCCCUCGCCAACGUGACCACCACUCAUCAUAUGGAAAAACCCUCGACGUGGCCACGCUGCCAGUCAGCCUCAAGCAGCGAGUAUGCAACAUUUACCGGGAUGACUACUGUUGUUUCCACCUCCCUGUGCCAGCCGCUUGCCGCGUCGAUUGUGCUGGUGGACUCCCGCAGCGAAGCUAUGACCCGACGUAGACGGACUUCUGGACUGGAACUUAGGAGCUGCGCGUAGUUUUGUCCUGUCUUCCCUGGCGUCGCCACAGCCAGUGCAGCCCGCCCCGCGAACAAAUCCACCUGCCUGCCGGGAGCCCCGCCACCGCGGCAGCCCCAGCCAUUUGGGCGGCAGCUCUUCGAAUGGUGAUGACGGUGACGACGAAGACGACAAUGAUUAUGACAUUUGCAAAAUCAUGUACAGUUUCAGGUACUUCCUUUUUUGUUUGCUCUCUAGCAUUGCGAAACAAUCGGUAGAAACACACCUCCCCGGGCCCGUGCGCGCACACCACUCGGCGAAGCGUCGGCCAGCCCAGCCAGCGCAAGGGGCCUCCACGAGGCGCCCGCGGCCGCCCACCAGGCGAGCGCUCGGCAGACCCAGCCAGCGCGGGGGGCAGCCACGAAGCGCCCACGGGGGCCAGCAGGCAAAGCCCCGACAGACCCGACCAG